UCACACACACACACACAGGCUCGCUGCAGCGAAAUCCACAAAUCACAGACUAGUGCAGCACAGGACGGCAGGGAAAAUAACGUCAAAACAAGCCAUUGAUUGAGUUGUGGAAAAGCGCGUCGACCACAGAGGUGAACCAUGCAAUCGUUAUAGGUCGUUGACAUCUAUGGUUGCGAGCCUUCUACUUCUACAGCGCCGCUCCUUUCCCUGGGCAUGUCUGAAGGACUAACACAAAACAGGCAGCCUGACGGAAGGAACCAGGGAGUGAGAAGGCAUCAUUAACCUUCCCACACAGUGGGGAAACUGAACUGCCCAUUUAGGAGGAGAAAGGGGGUUAGAGAGGAGGGGGUUUGGACGUUUGAGAGGGCGAAAGGCUGUUCAACACGGAGAGAACACAGGCUUGGGGAUGUUCUAGAGCCUCGCUGCUUCUGCAAAGGACAGCGAGAGGAAGAGGGGUCUGAAUACCAAUAACUACAGAGUAAACUGAAGAGACUGGAUACCAUCCUGGGAGAAGACUGAAGACUGCAAUUAGUGAAUAGAUAAGAGACCGAGGAGGAUAAAUGCUGUGAAGCAGAAUGAAAUGUUUCACACAUUUCAAAUCUGUUGUUGAUCUAGAAAACAUAAGCUUGUUGUCUCUGAAAACCUCCGGGGCUCAUGCUUAAAAAACUCAAUUGGAUUAUUUCGAUUCACGCUCCAGUUAUCAGAACGAAUCAAUGGAUGUGGCGUCCUGAACAGCAUAAGCAGCAAAACUUCUGUGAAUAACCAGCACAACAAUGCCUAAAUCCAACUCACAAAUACUACACCCAUACCUGGCGCCACACCACACAAAAUACUAUUGGAAGCCUUCAAAGCAAAGCUCCUCUCUAAAAGGAGCCCACCCAGACAGACCAGUACCCCCUCCUAAACUCAAGCCAAAGGUGACCAAACCUUCCCUGAGACCCCCUGCCUGCCCUCUGACCCCACAGACGGUAGUCUGGCUGGCCGUGGUGACUGGUUCCUGUGUCUUCCCUGCGCUACUUGGCCCAGGCGUGUCUGCUGGAGAGACCUGGGGCAUGGUCUCCAUCUGUCCCUUCCACUGUGUGUGUCGAAACCUCUCAGAGUCUCUGAGCACGCUCUGCGUCAACAAGGGCCUGCUGUUCGUCCCUCCUGACAUUGACCGGCGCACCGUGGAGCUCCGUCUGGCAGAUAACUUCAUCCUGGAGGUGGGCAGGGUGGACUUUGCCAACAUGUCAGGCCUGGUGGAACUGACUCUGUCCAGGAACACCAUCCACACCCUGCGGCCCCUGUCCUUUGCUGACCUGGAGAGCCUGCGCUCACUCCACCUGGACACCAACCGGCUGACCAUAGUUGGGCCAAGAGACCUGUCCGGCCUGACCAACCUACAGCACCUCAUCAUCAACAACAACCAACUGACCGACGUCUCCGCCGAGGCCUUCGAUGACUUCCUGCAGACGCUGGAGGAUCUGGACCUGUCCUACAACAACCUGAGGAAGGUCCCCUGGGAGGCCAUCCAGAACAUGGCCAGCCUGCACACCCUCAACCUGGACCACAACCUCAUAGACCAGAUCGCUGAGGGCUCCUUCGGCGAACUCUACAAGCUGGCCCGCCUGGAUAUGACAUCCAACCGGCUACAGACGCUGCCCCCCGACCCCUUGUUCUCCCGCUCCCAGACGGGCGUGGUCAGCCCCACGCCCUACAGCGCUGUCAUCAGCCUGAGCUUCGGGGGGAACCCCCUGCACUGUAACUGUGAGCUGCUGUGGCUGAGGCGGCUGAUCCGCGGCGACGACAUGGAGACGUGUGCCACCCCCGUCCACCUGGCUGGGCGCUACUUUUGGUCCAUCCCAGAGGAGGAGUUCACCUGUGAGCCUCCGCUCAUCACACGCCACUCCAACAAGCUGUGGGUGCUGGAGGGUCAGAGGGCCACGCUGAGGUGCCGUGCCAUCGGUGACCCUGAGCCCAUUAUUCACUGGAUCUCCCCUGACGACCGCAUCGUGGCCAACUCCAGCCGUGUGUACUCCUACUACAACGGCACCCUGGACGUGCUUGUGACACGGGCGCGUGACGACGGGGCUUACACCUGCAUCGCCAUCAACGCUGCCGGGGAGGCUACAGCCCUGAUAGACCUCAAGAUCAUCCCCCUCCCUCACCGCGGCAACAACACUGUCCCCCUCACCAACCCUCGUGGAGACCCAGGCUCCUCAGACAUUUCCAGUGGGAGAACAGGAGGGUCUGGAAGGAACGGGAAGGGUGGUGGUUCGGUAAAGAACACCACGGGAGAGGGCGGAGAGAGGGGGGAUGGAGAAGCCAGUACCAGUGAGCGUUUGGUGGGGGUCCUGGGGGUGACUGCCACCUCUGCCCAGGUGCGCUGGGUCCUGGGCCGGGCCACUGGGCCGUACCUGGUGUGGAUGUACCAGAUCCAGUACAACUGCACUGCAGAUGACGCCCUGGUGUACAGAAUUCUGCCGCCUACAAGCAGCUCUUUCCUGCUGAAGAACCUGGUGUCUGGAGCAGACUACAGCCUGUGUGUCCUGGCCAUCUUUGACGAUGGGGUGUCCACCCUGGCCACCACCAAGGUCCUAGGCUGCACCCAGUUCAGCACCAAGGAGGACUUCCCAGAGUGCCGAUCCCUGCAGGCCCACUUCCUGGGAGGCACGCUGACGGUCAUGGUGGGGGGGGUCAUCGUGGUAACACUGCUGGUGUUCACCGUGGCGAUGAUGGUAAGGCACCGUGUCUGUGGAGACUGUCGAGACGAGGGCCACUACCCUGCCCAUCACCAUGACGACUUCCUUCCCUCCAAGGAAGGAGUGGAUGUUUACGCUCAGACCAAUGGAAAUGGGAGCGUGAUGAUGGUGGCUCUGCCCAACAACAUUCUUGGCCAACAGGCUAAGCCGCUGCCAUUGAAAACCAAACCCCAAGCCAAGAACAAGCCUGGGAAACUACCCAAGCCAAAGCUUGACUCAGAUCAGCUCAGCGGGGAGGGAAAGGGUGAGAAGCCAGGCCUGGAGGUGGUCGUGAGGGGGAAAGGAUUCCCCCCUUUCACCCUUGAGAGUGAGAGAGUGACACUGUACUACUCCCCUGCCAACACCUCCCAGACCUUACCCCAUCCCCGAGCUCACAAGGCCCCGAAACACUCAGGCAAGCUCAAGCUGCGCCGCUCUGAGGAGAAGGAGAGAGACUUGGACAAAAUGGUGGGCUCUAUAUGCAGCCUAGACUCUGAGGCCCAGGGGGAGGAGUUGGAGCGCGUGAAGGACUCGAGGAGGGGAGAUCGCCCGCCACUAGGGCCGACACGCAGCUGCUCCUUUGACGUGGGCGAGAUCACCACGACAACCUGCUACGGAUAUGCGAAGCGACUGAGUGUGAUAUGGACCAGGAGGAGCCAGUCGGUGCAGGGCAUGCUGGUCCAGUGUGCCUCAACAGCCAGUUCAGCGAGCAGCACAGGCAGUGACCACCCCCCGCCUGCCCUCACCCAUGGCUACCUGCACACCAACAACACCUCUAAGUCCAGUGAGGCUGACAACAUUGGAGACCUGGAAGAGAGUGUUUUAUAGGGUGAAGUGGACAGAGGGCCAAAAAGGAACAAAACAAAGACAAAAUGGAUACAUUGACAGUGGACGGGUGGAUGUAAAAGCCAUUUGGCUUAAAAAGGACAAGAAACUAUCAAAGCACACAGUGCAUUGCACAGGGAACAUAGCACAUGGUGAAGGAGGUAAUGCCACGUGUGGUGUGGACAGAUGGGAGUGACAGCUAUUGUGGGGGGAAAAAAAAGGUAUAAUGAUGUCUGCUGGUCUAAAGCUGUGAGAUACCGACGACCCAAACGCAUGGGGAUUACAACCGGAGACUUGUUUCAACAAGAUAAAUUAAACCAUUAAUGAAUUACUACAGUAAAUAAAUCAACCACCACUCAACAGCAGCGUCUCGACUUUGAAUGCCAAACCGCUGAGUAAAUCAGGCCUCAAAAACUGGUACAUGAGACAACUGUGAUAAUCAGAUGCCAGUCAAUUAUCAUGUGUUUGUUUGCAAAGAGCAGGAAGCAGCCUAUCUACAAACACAGAGGUGUUUGUUUAGCUGAGAGAGGGAGCGAGAGAGAUGGAGGGAGAAUAAGGGGUAGAGACACUGGCUAGGGGGGGGGGCAGAAUAGAUGCCUGGCGUCGGGGAGGAGCUCGGAGAUAACGCCGUCGACAGGGAGUUGGUUCAUGCUACGUCCAUCGAUGCCAUCUGUCAUGUACUUCUCUGUAGUACACGUUCAUAGCCGCAAAAGCCCCGUCGAGCUCAAUUAGCAUGAGCUGUGUGAUUGAGUGGCCGAUACACACAUUCACACAUAAGUGAGACGACAAGGAGAUAGUGUGAGAGAAGUGCGUGCAUCCGUUUCCUAUUUUCUUGCCAGUGGCAAACUGCUGACCUGUUUCAGCCAAUUAAAAAAAUGCUGAUUGGAGAAUUCACACAAACACAAUGUGAACUCUGCCUAGCGGUGCUGCAACUACUGACCCGCGGUUCUACAACCAACCAUCGUUCACAUCGGAGAGCCCAGAUCUGUCAUGUUCUGCUGACAACUCCAGUUAAUAUCUGGGCCCAUAUACACAAAGCCUCUCAGAGUAGGAGUGUUGAUCUAGGAUCAGUUUGGCCUUCUAGCUCAUAAUAAAUACGAUUAUAUGGACAGCUGGGUACCUGAUCCUAGAUCAGCACUUGUAAUCUGAGAUACUGUGGACAACGGGCCCAGAUUGGCAGAUCUUGGUGGUUAUUUUAGAAACUACUAUAACACAUCUUCCCAGUUAACAGGACCAGCUUGGGUAAAGCUCGAGUGUUCUAAGCUGUAGAUACAAUUGUUGAACUCCUCCUGAACUUAACUGCACAUCUCAGAAGUAGCUCAGACAUCUCCAAUACGCUGGAUAAGAAAGCAAAGCAGUUAUUUUAAGUAGUCAUUACGAUCCAAGUCAUUCAUCCUGGCUGGCCGUUUUCUGCCCCUGCAUAUAAAACCCUACCUGUGAGCAUAGCCGCGGGAAGUACGGGUGCUGAAACACCCCCCUCCCCCCCAAAAACAAAAAACUAAUCUGAAUUAAAAAAAUAUAUAUAAAUUUUGUCCAACGGGGACUUAACUAAUCCUGUAUUAGUCGACCGAUAUAGCCCUCUGUAGUGUGGGGAAACUAUUUUUUUUUUUCAUCAAUGUUUCAUAAAUAAAACACUGUAUGGCUUCAACACGGUAAAAAAAUAUUACUUUGAUAUCAUUGAUGGUCAGUC